AUGUCUACAUCUUCGAACACAUCGAAUAGUGGUCCCAAUCGUUUCCGCAGCGACGCUGCUAGCUUUUCACCGAGUGUUCCUUCUCCGGGAGUCAUGAACCAACAAAUGCAACAACAACAGCACAUAUACCCUCAGUACAUGUAUGGGACACCGCAGAUGGUGCCUAAUCAGUAUUACCCAUAUAUGACACCGUAUAUGAUGCAUCCGAAUGCACCAUAUUCUGACUUCAAUCCAUAUACUCAAGGGUACGGAGCGUACCCAAUGCAAAUUCCACAGUACCCUGGUCAACCAUAUCCAGGAAUGCCAAAUAUGAAUGGGGGAGGGAAUAUGAAUAUGAACGUAAUGAUGAACACCAGGCCUAAAAUGAACCAUAAUAAUAAAUCCAAGCCAUACAUAUCUAAUUCCGGAAGAUCAAGGUCCUCGUCUUCAGUUUCGUCAAAUGUUUCAAACCAGUAUCAACAUCACCAACAAACUCCCCUGGCUGCACACCCACACCCACAAGAACAGCGGAAACAAGAAAAUAAACCCGAAAAGUCCGUUGAAGAGAAAUCACAAUCCGAUCAAACCAAAACGGAUAUCUCAGUAUCUGCAGACGCUAACAAUGAAACCAGCAAAGAAGGAAAGAAGCAUGAUACUGUAGCUCCAACUACAAGAGAGGAUUCAGAGGAAAUACCAUCGAACCAUAACAAACCAAUGUCGUAUCCAUUAUAUUUCAAUGAAAGGCCACAGAAUUUUACGAAUUUACAGCAAUCAAUCGCUUCUGGAAGAAAUGAGUUAUUUAAACAGAAAAAUGAAAGAUUGAAUGAAUUUAUCAGGUCAGAAAGUAAUGAAGAGCAAAGCUUAGUUAUUAAUAGAAACAGUAACAUCACAAUUAUAGAUUACAACACUAAUACUACUCACAAAACUAUUGAGAAUAAUAAUUAUAAUACUCAUAGACCUAAUGAUAAUGAUGAUAAUAGUAACAAAUAUAAUGAUAAAAGUAAUGAAGUUAAUCUUGGAGGAGCGGAUUCAACCGAAAAACAUAAAGACAACAAGUCCGGUAAUUGGGCUUCAUUUUUACAAACAACAGCAACCGUACCAACUAAGAAAUCAAAGUCACAACCUAAGUCUUCGACAGGACACAAUCAAAUACCCGCUUCUGGCUCUACGACUGAUGUCAUCUCUCCAACGAAUAUCUCACAAGCAAAUAAUAUAUUAGCUUCGGACUCUUCUCAGCCACUAGGUAUUUUAUUGUUGAAGAUUAUGUUUGAUACUAAUUACUCAGUAAUGAAUUCUUACAAUAAUUGCCCAAUUUUCCAGGUGAAACCUAGAGGAUUGACUAACACCGGAAAUAUAUGUUAUAUGAAUGCGAUUUUACAAGUUUUAUUAUACUGUGAACCAUUUAAUAAAACUCUUAAGUUGAUAGAGAGUAAAUCCAUUGGUUCAUUAAGUCAAAAAUCAACAACUCCGUUAUUAGAUAUAGUGAUUAAGUUUUGGAAAGAGUUUAGUCAACCAUCGAGCAUGAAGCCAAUUUCUCCAGAUAAUUUUUACAUGAGUUUGAUUACACAUGAAAAGUUUUCACAUUUGAAAUGGGGCCAACAAGAAGAUGCUGAAGAAUUUUUGGGAUACUUUUUAGAUGGGUUACACGAAGAGUUCGUUGGAGCAAUUAAGGGGUUGAAUACUCCUCAAAUUGAUUUAUUAAUUCAACAGUUUCAACAACAAAAUGACGAUAUUGAUCAACUUAAAUUAAAUGAAUUCAAGAUGAAUAUUAAGAAUACUAUGAAAAUCAUUAAAAAAUCCAAAUCAGAAAAUCAAGAUACCACUAACCAAGAGGAAGUUUCUGAUCAUGAAAGUAAUGGUUGGUCAGAGGUAGGUUCUAAUAAUAAGAAAGUUAGCGCUAAGAGAACUGUUGAAAUAGAACCAUCUCCAAUAACAGCUUUUUUUGGAGGGCAAUUUAGAUCUGUAUUACAAAUACCUAAGAAUAAGGAAAGUCAAUCUAUCACUUUGGAUCCUUUCCAAUGUAUCCAAUUGGAUAUUUCAGAACCAUCUAUCACUACCGUUGAAGAUGCAUUUAAACAAUUGAAUGAACCAGAAAAAAUACCUUACAAAUCCUCGUCGAACAAAGAAGUUAUCGCUAAGAAGCAAACUUUUAUUGAUCAAUUACCUAAUAUUUUAAUAAUUCAUUUAAAGAGAUUCUCAUAUCAACAAGAAGGUGAAAAGGAGAAUGCUUCGUCUAAUGACCAAUCAUCGAAUACGUUGUCAAAUGGCUCAAGAUCGUUGGGAAGUAUCGAAAAAUUACGUAAGAAAAUAGAGUAUUCUCAUCAUUUGACAAUUCCUAACGAAGUUUUAUCUCCAUUAUAUAAACAUUCUGGCAACAACAGUAAUCACUACAGGUUAUUUGGUGUUGUUUACCAUCAUGGCAUUAGUGCAGAGGGUGGUCAUUAUACAAGUGACGUAUUAAGAAAAUCAUCCGUUUUUGAUAACGAGGAAGAAUCCAAUGAUAAGAAGAUUGACAAUCAAUGGAUAAGAAUUGAUGACACCCAAAUUUCCGAAGUUGAAAAAGACGAAGUAUUGAACGGCGGCGACGAAGAAACGACGAAGAAUGCAUACAUAUUAUUCUAUCAAAAAACCUAA